CUCUCUCUCUCUCUCUUUGCUUUCUUCAUUUGCUCUCUUUCCUUCUUCUUCUUCCGGCUAAAAAACACCAUCCAAAGCCUUCUUUUUUAAAACUCCGGCGAGCUUAACUUUUCUUGGAAUCUCUGAGAUUUAGCAAAUCGUUUGUGGGUCUUCUCUAGAAUCUGAAGGAGAAGAGAAGAAAUUAAGUUCAUUUCCAUCUCCAGAUUCAAAAGUUUAACCUUUUUUAGUCUCUUUAAUAACCUCCGGCGAGAUCUAUAAAUCCGGGAAGCUAUGACGUCGUCUCCGUUGACUACUAAUGUUCAGGGUGCCAAAACUAAGAUACAAUUCAGUGACAAAGAGGGAAAUGACUAUGCAACCAAGGUGCGGAAACCAUACACGAUAACAAAAGAAAGAGAGAGAUGGACUGAUGAAGAACACAGCAAGUUUGUUGAAGCCUUGAAGCUACAUGGGAGAGCAUGGAGAAAAAUAGAAGAACAUGUGGGUACAAAGACUGCUGUUCAGAUUCGAAGCCAUGCUCAGAAGUUUUUCUCCAAGGUUGCUAGAGAAGCAUCUGGAGGUAAUGGGAACUCGUUGGAGCCAAUUGUGAUACCGCCUCCUCGUCCCAAGAGAAAACCAAUGCAUCCUUACCCACGCAAGUUGGGUAACGAAGGAGAUCAAACAAGCAGAUCAGUUUCUCCCACAGAGCGAGACAGUGGAUCUCCAACCUCUGUGUUGUCCAACGUUGGAUCAGAAGCAUUGGGUUCCUCUGAUUCACAUUCACCUAACCGAAGCUUGUCCCCAGUCUCCUCUGCAUCACCUUCUCCUGUUCCUGCAACUACUGAAAAUGCUCCUGAAGAGCUUGAGACUCUUGUAGUUGACCCAUCUACGAAGCUGGAGUUGUUUCCAAGAGAGAGUUUGGUCAAGGAACCGACGAAGCAAAGCCUUAAACUCUUUGGGAAGACAGUUUUGGUAUCUGAUUCAGACAUGUCCUCUUCUCUAACAACGUCACCUAUUAUUCAGCCAUUACCAAGGAAACUCUCCAGAUCCGAAACAUUCCCCAUGGUAAUAAACCCACAAGAGAAACUCUUGAGCUGUUGUUGGAUACAACUCCCUCCUAAGCAAGAGGAAGUGGAAAACAGAUGUUCAGAUUCAGAGAAGGCUGUGCAGAAUGAAGGAUCAUCGACAGGAUCAAACACUGGUUCGGUGGAUGAUACAGGACACACGGACAAGAGCUCAGAACCAACAGAGACAAUGGUAUGCCGGUGGGAGUUAAAACCUAGCGAGAGGUCUGCAUUUUCUGAGCUCAGAAGAACAAACUCUGAGUCUAAUUCAAGAGGGUUUGGUCCAUACAAGAAGAGAAAGAUGGUUAUAGAGGCAGAAGAACAAGAAGAGGUUCGUCUCUGUUUAUAAUUAUGACAUUUUCUGAGGUACUCAAGUCUUUAGUUUUCCACAUAUUCAUUAAACUUCUUAAUGUUCAUCAAAAGGUUCUGUUUUUGUUGUUGUUGUUGUUGUUUCAUUGUGUUCUUCGAGGUGUUUUUGUUGUUUUAGGCUUAAUUUGUUACUUUACUGUAAACCCACUUGUACAAUGUUUUUCACUUGAGUUAAUCUAGUGAUUAUAAUGAUCGAACCGA